GCUGCACGCUCACUACUUUACACUGGAGCAAAGUGUCUUUCUUCAGUGUCGUCACAUGAAAAGAUAGAAUCCGAUAUUUACAAACAUGUGAGGGGUGGACUCACUUCGUGAGAUGCUGUAUCUGGGAGAUAAAUACUAAACCCCUUUUUAUUUGAAUGUAGUGAAGUGUACACAAGUGUAGUGAAGUGGUUAAAAGUUCCCCAGAGACAACACAGAGGGCCUUUGUGUUAUUCUGUUCAACUUGCAUCAAACACUUCAAAACACUUAGAUGAAGUUAUGAAUCAUUCAUUUUCUGCUAGAAGAUCAGUUUUAGGCUGGAGUUCUGCUUUAUUAUCAUAAUAAGGAGGCUGUCAGUCACUUUGAACUGUCUUGUUUUGUGUUUAUUGAUGUAAAAUGCUUUGGUUGACCUCAGCAGAGCGGCGCUUCAGGCUGCCGUGGCCUACAUCUGUCACUGUCCAAAUCAAUAGAGAUGACAGAAGAAGAAGUCGUCAAUCCCCUGUACAGACGGAUGAUGCUGCGCACUGAUUGGCUGAUCCUCCAGGCCCCUCCCCCAUGCCUCGCCUCCUGUGGGAUGACAGGAGAGACACAUAAAUAACACUGCGGACACCUCCGAGUACCAGAUGUCUGUCUGUACGAGGUUUCCACAGUCAUCUGUUCGUCUCUCCCUCCUCUCUGCAGGAAACCGGAGUUCAUUAUUUCCUGCGUUGGUGUUGGUCCUUAAAGGUACCAUCAGAAAGCCUUUUUCACUGGCUGAAAGCUGAGCGUGUGAACGCACCACGGAGGACAGAAGCAGGUGUUUUUGCACUUUUUUUAGGUGGAUUUGGGGGGCGGUGAAGCUGCAGGUCUGACGUUUGCGGUUCAGGCUGUUGGAACUGAUCUGGGAUCAGGUUCAGGAUGGAGCUGAAGGACUUCUGUCUGACAGACCGCUAUCCCUUCAUCAGUCCACAGCGCCUCUUGGACUCCUCCUCCUCCUCCUCCUCCUCCUCCUCUCCAGCUGAUGAAGCUCAGUCUCCGGCCUCCUUCCUCCACUCCUCCCCCCUCAGUCCCGCCUUCCCCCUGGACGCCACGCCCGCUCUCAGCCCGUCACACCCGGCCUUCCUCCUCCCCAGCCCGGCCCACUCCUCCUCCUCCUCCUCUUCCUCCUACAGCCUCCUCUGUGGAGCGCCGGAGCCCGACUCCCCGACAGGAUCUAGUUCCAGCGGAGGAAGCGUCGGAGGCAGCGCCGUGGUGUCCGAGGCUGCCGUGCGUUUCUCGUUGUCACAGACGGGUUCGUUUUCAGCACAGGUGGACUCCAUCCUGAGGGGCGACUUCCUGACGCCGAUGGGCGCCGCGGGGCCAAAGAGGCUCUGUCUGGUGUGCGGCGACUUCGCCUCCGGGUAUCACUACGGCGUGGCGUCCUGCGAGGCCUGCAAGGCUUUCUUCAAGAGGACCAUACAAGGCAACAUCGAAUACAGCUGCCCGGUGAUGAACCAGUGUGAGAUCACCAAGCGGAGGAGGAAAGCCUGUCAGGCCUGCCGCUUCCAGAAAUGUCUCCAGGCCGGGAUGAUGAGGGAAGGUGUUCGGAUGGACCGAGUGAGAGGAGGACGGCAGAAGUACAAGAGGCGGGUGGAGACGGGACUGAGUUUAUACGCCAAAGCCCCGUACAGCCACGCCGUCAGCAGCCGAAACAAGGUGAUUUCCCAUUUGCUGCUGACAGAGCCCGCCCCGUUGGCCGCCAAUCAGGACGAUUCGACCAAUGACAGCAGCCUGCGGACCCUGCUGACCCUGUGUGACCUCCUGAACCGGGAGCUGCUGGUUCUGAUUAGCUGGGCCAAACAGAUACCAGGUUUCUCCAGGCUCUCAUUGGUCGACCAGAUGUCACUGCUGCAGAGCGGUUGGAUGGAGGCGCUGCUUGUGGGCGUGGCCUGGCGGUCGCAGGGCGCGGCGGCGGAGGAGAUCGUGUUCGCCGGGAACCUGCGGCUGGACGAGGCCCAGUGUCGAGCCGCGGGACUGGCCGAGCUCUAUAAGGCCGUGCGUCACCUGACGGCGAGAUACCAGGCGAUGAACCUGAGCCCCGAGGAGGCCGUGACGCUGAAGGCCAUGGCGCUCGCUAACUCAGAUGCCGACCCGGUGGACUGUCCUGACUCGGUGCAGAGGUUCCAGGACGGGCUCCACGAGGCCCUGCAGGAGUACGAGUCGACCCGCAGAGAGCAGCACCGGGCGGGCCGGCUCCUGAUGAGCCUCCCCCUCCUGAGACAGACGGCCGACCGAGCCGUGGAGGCCUUCCUGUGGCUGCACCGCCACCGCUGCGUCCCCCUCCACAAACUGCUGCUGGAGAUGCUGGACGCCAAGGCCUGAACCCCUGAGACCACGUAGGAGAGGACAGACAUGGACUGUACGCCAUCGCUCUGAGACCACGUCACCAUCAACAGAUGACGGACUGUACGCCAUCGCUCUGAGGACGCAUCUGAAAUGCUACAUGUUUAAAUGUUGCUAUUUUUGAACUGAGUUUGAUUACAGUCACCUAAUAAAAGUGCUAACGUUAACCUAAACUCUGACAAACUAGCAUCUAACCGCCCCCCCCCGCCCAUAGUGGCUCCAAGUACUAUAGAGAGCCUAAGUCCCUCCCCUACCGGUGGACCACCAUGGGACCUUACUUUAGAAAAACGGUAGUUAACGGCAAGAGACAAUUUUUUGAUCCUAUUUGAAUUGUGCUCUGAAUUUCACACGGUCAAUUUAAAAGUCAGUAAAGUCGCAGUUUAAUGUAAAACUGUUGUAUCAGACUGUGAAAACACAUAAUUACCAAUGUAACUUUUUCUCUCAAUGACUGAAGCUAACGUCAAAGAACAUGGCUUAGUAACCUAGCUAGCAGCAACUAAGCAAUGAACGUUAGCUUAGCAUUACCGCGUUAACAUGUUGGUGACGUAAAUUGUGAGAUGAGACAUGUAGUUCAUUGGAUCGGUUUUCACACAAAAUGACAUGUAACUUUACUGUUUCCUGACAGACAAAAUUAUCUUUUAAAUUAACAAACAUCGUGUGUGAUUCAGGGCUCAGGAUCAAAAUAUAACUUGUCUCUCGCUGUGAGACGCCCCUUUGUCUUUGGAAUUAACACUAGGUCACUACUGUAGGCCGUAAGCUAGUUAGCCGCAUAUGCUAACGUUAGGGCAGAUAAACAAUUCUGUUCGUUAAUUAAAAAAAACACAAGGGAAACAAACUCUUGACGCGCCUGCUGCUAGAAAUGUUUGGACAAUCACUGUUUGGGGGGCGGGGUUUUUAGAGAGCAGUCAGUAAAAUACGAUUAAACUCACCCCUCUCAUCAUCCUCAUCUGAAACUGGACAGAUUUUACAUUUCUGAUCCAUUUUUGUAAAAGAAAACAAGAUAUUUUUGUGUGAACUAUUUUCUCAGCGUGUGAUCUGUGUUUUACUUUGAGCCACGACGACAGACUUUUAUUUUGUUGUUCAAAGACGAUUUUUGUAACUCUGCUGAUUAUUGAUUGGCAGCUGAUUAGUCUGAACUCUAGUUUGUAUUUGCAGAUUUAAUUAAACGAUUUUGGAAUAAACAGGUUUCUAACUUCA